AUGAAGACCACUUGGAAGGAUAUUGCACCGGUUCCUACCUCUCAGGAAUUUAUAGACAUUGUCCUUAGCCGCACACAGCGUCGGCUACCUACUCAGAUUCGUGCAGGCUUCAAAAUUAGCCGAAUUAGAGGUUUUUACACAAGAAAAGUCAAGUUCACGUCCGAAACAUUCUGCGAAAAGUUGCAAGCCAUCCUCGAAGGAUUUCCUCGACUCCAAGAUAUUCACCCCUUCCACAAAGACCUCCUCAAUACUCUCUACGAUGCCGACCAUUUCAAAAUCGCCCUAGGCACGUUGUCCACUGCCAAAAGGCUGAUAGAAACAGUGUCUCGAGACUACGUGCGGCUCCUCAAGUACGCCCAGUCGUUGUUCCAAUGCAAGUCUCUCAAGAGAGCGGCCCUAGGCCGGAUGGCCACAAUCUGCAAAAGACUGAAAGACCCUCUGGUGUAUCUGGAACAAGUGCGACAACAUCUUGGACGAUUGCCGAGCAUAGAUCCUAACACUCGAACACUGCUCAUCUGUGGCUAUCCAAAUGUGGGGAAAUCGAGUUUCUUGAAAUCGAUCACCCGAGCGGACGUCGAUGUUCAACCCUACGCUUUCACCACCAAGUCACUCUUUGUUGGACAUUUCGACUACAAAUAUCUCAGAUUUCAAGCCAUUGACACACCAGGAAUCCUCGAUCACCCAUUAGAAGAGAUGAACACUAUCGAAAUGCAGUCCAUUACCGCUAUCGCACAUUUGAGGUCUGCCAUUCUGUACUUUAUGGAUCUCUCAGAACAGUGUGGCUACUCAGUCUCUGCACAGAUGGCGCUUUUCAAUUCGAUCAAACCCCUCUUUGCCAACAAGCUUGUUUUCAUCGUAGUGAACAAGACCGAUGUCAUGAAACCGGAGGACUUGGAUCCCGAGACCCAGCAAGAACUGAAGGAUCUGUUGACUCAAAACGCCAACACCGAACUUCUUCAGUUGUCAUGCGUCACCAACGAAGGGGUUCAAGAGGUGAAGAACACGGUCUGCGAUCGAUUGAUUGCAGAUCGGGUGGCAGCAAAACUUAAAGCUGGACAAGCCGCACAGUCCGCUACCUCAGAUGCGCCCACAGGCCGCUUAGGCGAUCUCCUUGCGCGAAUUCAUGUGGCCAGGCCAUUGGAAGGCUCGGUGAGCGAGACAUACAUCCCAGAGGCCGUCAGAAACGGUACCCACCAAAAAUACGACAAAUCAGAUCCCGAUAGACGGAAACUCGAGCGUGAUAUUGAAGAGGAAAAUGGAGGUGCAGGGGUCUAUAAUAUCGAUCUGAAGAAGUUUUACGAUCUUGCUGUCCCAGAAUGGAAGCAUGAUAAGAUUCCCGAGUUCUUCAAUGGCAAGAACAUUGCCGACUAUGUCGAUCCCGAUAUUGAACAGAGGCUCGCAGAACUGGAGGCCGAAGAAGAGAAGUUGACAGCUGAAGGAUUCUACGACGAGAGCGACAGCAUGGAAGAUGAAGAUGACGCCGACAUCCGUAUGAAAGCGGACUUGAUCCGCAACAAGAAGACGCUAAUGAUGAAUGAGGCGCGCAUGAAGAAGAGUCUGAAGAACAAAGCUCAAAUACCACGGGUCAAGAAAUCCAGGACAGUUGGGCAAAUGGAGAAGCACUUUACCUCCAUCGGCCUUGACGCAUCGGCCCCCGCUGACCGAGCAAGAGCAGAGAUUCGUAACGCCAAACCUGCGUCCGUCGCCGCCGAUGAGAUGGAAUUGGACGAUACACCCUCUGCGAGACUAGCGAAGUCACUGUCCAGAGCGCCAAAGACAAACAGGCUGACGGAUGGCUUGGGUGUGAGUGCGACAGGAGUGACAGACCCUGCAAAGAGCGAAAAGGCCCAACGUAUGGCAAAACUGAGCCAACGGAAGAUGAACCGCAUGGCCAGACAAGGCGAGGCAGAUCGUCACGAGACGGCAUCGCUACCAGCCCACUUGAUCAAGGGCAAGAGGAAGAUGGGGAAGACGCGAUCCAGGUAA